AUGCUUCUCAAUAAGAUAGUUCUAUUCGUAGCAGCUUCAUUUACGUCAGUUGUUCUCGCCUGUGAAAUGGAUUGCCGUAGAGGCGUUUCCAAAGGCUUUGCUGAAUUCUACACUCCUGUCGUCAGAGACAUCGUUGAUAACUUAAACUCUCAACUUACCAAAUCGAUCGCUAAAGUCACGGUGCCUUCCAUUAUUACGAAUGAAGUUGACAAAUCAGAACUACUAGAAGAUCUGGAGACAUCCAUCGAAUCCAGUUUAGAGAGCUUUAUUACCGUAGCUACAUCACAAUCCAAAUUAGCCGAAGGCUUCUAUCAAGUUAUCUUUAACGAAGAGCUUCCUUAUAAAGGUGAUUGUAACAACCCUAAGCGUUUGACAAGAAAGAUGCCACCAGCAGGAGAAAGUUGGACUUUGGAAGAAUGUCAGAAGAUGGAUUAUCGGUGUGGAAAUCCUCCGUCCAUUUGUCACUUUUUAGAUGAUGUUAAGCAACGUUGUAUUGGUCGCAUGCGCCGUCAAUUAACAGAACAUGCAUCUUACGAUAAUGGAGCCCUCGUCAGAACGCUCGUGCGGGAUACUCGCAAAUCUAUAUAUGGCACCUUGAGCAACAACGCGGUGGGCAAAUUGACAGAAGAUACUCAAGUAGACAAUUACAUAACAAAAGUCAUUAGUGCUAUCAUUCAAACUUUGGAUUAUUGGGUAACCGAUGAUGUUCGACACCUUUGUGAAAAGCCUUCUCAGACAGAGCUUUGUAAUAGUUGGGAUGACGAAAUCAAGAAGGAAAUCCUCAAAUGGCCUUGA